AUUUAUUUAUAUAACUAUAUUAAAUAAAACAUCAUGGAUAUUUUAGAAGAAACAGCCGCCCCAUUAAAAGACUUUGCCAAAAACUCUGUCCGUUUAUUCAAAAAAUGUACUAAACCAGAUGCUCAAGAAUUCCAAAAAAUUGCUCUUGCCACUUUAAUCGGUUUUGCCAUUAUGGGUUUCAUUGGUUUCUUUGUUAAACUUAUUCACAUCCCAAUCAACAAUAUUCUUGUUGGUGGUGUCUAAAUUAUUAUAACAUAUAUAAAAAAAAAAAAUCAAAUCAAAAACAGAUAAUCAAAUAUAAACCAAAUUUUAUGUAUACAGAACUUUUUUUUUCCAAACAACAAUGAAACAACAAACAACACAAUUCAAACUCAAACUAAAUUAAAAUAUAAAUCAUAAUCAAAGCUUUUGGAUUAUGUUAAAAAAAAAAAUAAAAAAAAAAAAGAUUU